AUGGCAAGCUCAAAGCCGGUCAAUGGCUCCUCGACGGCCAUCAAAGUGCCGAUCCUGGGCAAAGAGAGCAUUAUCGUCGACUAUGGUCUAUGGCCCAACUUCGCCGCGAACGAUCUCCUUGCCAACAUUCCCUCGUCGACCUACGUGCUCGUCUGUGACACGAACCUCGCACAACUGGACUAUGUGCCCGCAUUCCGAAAGAAGUUCGAAGAGGAGCGACAAAGGCUUGGAAAGACUGAAGAAGAUGCCCGGCUUUUGGUGUACGAUCGCAUCCCACCUGGCGAAACGAGCAAGAGCAGGAGAACGAAAGAUCGGAUUGAAGACUGGUUACUUGAGCAGGGAUGUACUCGCGACACUGUUAUUCUCGCGCUUGGUGGAGGCGUGAUGGGCGACCUGCUCGGGUUCGUGGCAGCUACUUACAUGCGUGGAGUACGCUUCUGCCAGAUUCCCACAUCUCUACUCGCCAUGGUCGACAGCUCGAUCGGGGGUAAAACAGCCAUCGACACACCGCUCGGAAAGAACUUGGUUGGCGCAUUUUGGCAGCCCGAGCGCAUAUACAUCGAUCUCGCUUUCCUGGAGACGCUGGACAAGAGGCAGGUUUGCAACGGUAUGGCGGAAGUGGUGAAGACAGCUGCUAUCUGGGACGAGCACGAAUUUGAGCGGUUAGAAGAGAAUGCGGAUGCGAUCAUGCAGGCUCUUGAAAGGCCAUUAGGCAGAGGAAGAUUCGAGGGCGUCGAGGAGAUCUUCAAGAGGAUCGUAUUGGGCAGUGCGAGAGUCAAAGCGGAGGUAGUGAGCAGCGAUGAGAGAGAAGGUGGACUCCGGAAUAUUCUGAACUUUGGACACUCCAUUGGACACGCAUAUGAAGCAAUUCUGACACCAGAAAUAUUGCACGGAGAGUGCGUAGCAGUAGGGAUGGUGAAAGAAGCAGAGCUGGCCAGAUACUUGGGCGUUUUCCCACCAGGCGCGGUCGCGAGACUGACCAAGUGCAUUGCUAGCUAUGGCCUGCCAGUAUCUCUACGGGACAAGCUCAUCACAAAGAAGACCUCGAAGCACUGUCCAGCGGAUGUAGUGCUGCAGAAGAUGGCCGUCGACAAGAAGAACCAAGGCUCCAAGAAGAAAAUCACGCUUCUAUCGGCGAUCGGCAAGACCUACGAGCAGCAGGCGACCAAAUGCGAAGAUAAAGACAUUCGCAUCGUGCUAUGUCCUUCAAUUCGAGUCAUACCGGGCGUACCGACAGGUCUAGAGGUCUCUUGCAAACCUCCUGGCAGCAAGAGUAUCUCCAAUCGUGUCUUGUUGUUGGCCGCGCUCGGUCAAGGCAAAUGCAAAAUCAGCAAUCUGUUGCAUUCAGAUGACACACAAUUCAUGCUCUCUGCCAUUGCGAAGCUCGGCGGAGCAACGUAUAGUUGGGAAGAUGAAGGCCGUGUGCUGGUAUUGAAUGGCAAUGGAGGCGCGUUGAAGGCGUCAACAGAGGACAUCUACAUUGGCAAUGCAGGUACUGCAUCGCGCUUUUUGACUACUGCUGUGACGCUUGCGCGACCCACGAAAGAUGCUUCGCACACUGUUCUUACUGGAAAUGCGCGCAUGCAGGAGCGACCGCAAGGGCCCUUAGUCGAUGCUCUGCGAUCGAACGGCGUUGACAUCGAGUACAUUGGCAAGCCGGGAAGUCAGAGUCUGCCCUUGCGCAUUGCUGCCGCCGGUGGUUUCGCAGGCGGCGAUAUUGAGUUGACAGCCAAGGUGUCAUCCCAAUACGUCUCUUCAAUUCUCAUGUGCGCACCUUAUGCUAAGAAGCCUGUGACACUGCGCCUCGUCGGUGACAAAGUGAUCAGUCAGCCUUACAUCGACAUGACCAUUGAGAUGAUGAAGGACUUUGGUGUCAAUGUCGCCAGGGACACGAAAGAGCCAAAUGUCUACCAUGUACCAAAGCAGCCGUACCAAAACCCAACCGCAUACGAGGUGGAGAGCGAUGCUAGCAGUGCAACCUACCCGCUCGCAAUUGCUGCUAUUACUGGCACCACGUGCACAGUACCUAACAUUGGAUCGGCAUCUCUGCAAGGUGAUGCACGCUUCGCCGUGGACGUGCUGAAACCGAUGGGCUGCAAGGUAGAACAGACAAAGACAAGUACGACUGUGACCGGACCUUCCGUUGGACAACUCCAGCCGAUUCCAGAGGUGGACAUGGAGCCCAUGACGGACGCAUUCCUGACCGCGUCUGUGCUCGCCGCCGUCGCAAAGCCCGGCAAGGAAGGGGCGACGACAAGAAUCGUUGGUAUCGCCAAUCAGAGACAAAAGGAGUGCAAUCGGAUCAAGGCUAUGUAUGAGGAGCUUGCCAAGUUUGGCGUGACCUGCCGAGAACUGGACGACGGCAUCGAAAUUGACGGACAAGGCAUGAGCAUCACGGCUCCCAGGCAGACCAUCCACACCUACGACGACCAUCGGGUCGCUAUGUGCUUCAGCGUUCUAGGCACAGUGGCGCCGAGAGGUACCCUGAUCGAGGAGCGAGAAUGUACAGGGAAGACAUGGCCUGGCUGGUGGGAUCAAUUGCACCAGAUCUUCGGUGUCCGGUUGGAGGGCGUAGAGCUCAAGCCGCCGCACGCGAGCGGCAUGUUAACGAAUGGUAUCAAUGGCGUAAAGACACCGCUCUUGGUGAAGGGAGUUAGCGGUACUUAUCUGCACAGAGAAGUGAAGAAGUCAAUCUUCAUCAUUGGAAUGCGAGGAGCCGGCAAGACAACCACAGGUGGCUGGGCUUCCAGAAUAUUGGGCUGGACCCUUGUUGACAUGGACACCGAGCUCGAGAUCGAACAAGGCAUGACGAUUCCUGAGAUGCUCAAAGAUAAUGACUGGGCGGGCUUCAGGCGGAAGGAGCUCAACCUUCUCAAGCGACUAAUGAGGGAGAAGCCGGAAGGCUACAUCUUCGCUGCUGGCGGUGGUCUCGUGGAGACCCCCGAAGCUCGUGAACUUCUCAAAGACUGGCAGAACGAAGGCAUGGUGCUCAAUGUGACUCGCGAUGUCAAGGCCGUGAUGGACUUCCUAAACAUUGACAAAACUCGGCCGGCGUACGUCGAGGACAUGAUGGGCGUGUAUCUCCGUCGCAAGCCUUGGUUCGAGGAGUGUAGCAACUUACACUACCACUCGCAGCCUGUCGACGAGUCUGCUGCCAUCGUAGGAUGGACAAGCCCGCUCGAUGACUUCACUAGAUUCCUUAACACCAUGACGGGACGAAGUGGAGCUUUGCAGAAGAUUGCAAAGAAAGACGUCUCCUUCUUCAUCGCGCUGACUAGUCCAAUGAUCCAGCAAGUUGUUCAUUUGCUGCCGGAAGUGACAAUGGGCGUAGAUGCGAUUGAGCUCCGGGUUGACCUCUUGGUCGAUCCAGAUUCACCCGAUGGACUGCCUGGUGCGGAUUUCUUGACUGAGCAGGUCGCCCUGCUGAGGGCAAGUUCGACGCUGCCACUUCUGUUCACCUUGCGCACUGUGAGCCAAGGCGGUCGUUUCCCGGACGAUGCACCCGAACGAAGUGUAGAGUUGUACAGAGUCGGUCUCAGGAUGGGCUUCGAUUUUGUUGACUUGGAACUCACGGCACCGCCAGAAGUGAAAGAGUAUGUGCUCAACCACCGAAAGAUGUGCACCAUUAUCGCCUCACAUCAUGAUCCGAAGGCCACCCUCUCAUGGGCAAAUGAUGCCGAAGAGUGGAAGCCUUACUUCGAGUCCGCACGGGAGUACGGCGACAUCGUCAAGCUCAUUGGUGUUGCAAAGCAUGUGGAUGAUAAUGACGGUUUGCAAGCCUUCAACAAGUGGGUGAAGACAGAGUUCCCCACCCUUCCUCUCAUCACUAUGAAUAUGGGCGACAAAGGCAGGAUGUCGCGGGUGAACAAUCGCUUCAUGACACCGGUUUCGCAUCCCAAGCUUCCUUCGAAGGCUGCACCUGGCCAGCUUUCCGCAGCCGAUAUCAGGAAAGUACAGGGCUUGGUGUCAAUCACCGAGCCCAAGAGGUUCUUCUUGUUCGGCAAGCCUAUCGGCCAUUCGAGGAGCCCACCGCUUCACAACACCCUGUUUGCCCUGGCUGGCAUGCCGCAUGAGUACCAUCUCUUCGAAACCGACACCGUCGCCAACAUCAAGGAUAUCCUUUGCAUGCCCGACUUUGGAGGGGCCAGCGUCACCAUACCUCUCAAAUUGGACGUAAUGGCUCUUCUCGAUGUGAUCGAUCCUGCAGCUGAGAGAGUCGGGGCUGUCAACACUAUUGUGCCUGCCAAAGAUGAGAAAACAGGGAAGACGGUCCUCGUGGGUCACAACACUGACUGGCAAGGUAUCGUCCUCGCGCUACGAAACGCAGGCGCCCACGGCACGAGCACUGGUAAGAGUAAAGUUCAAGAAGCUGCUAUGGUCGUUGGGGGAGGUGGAACCGCGCGAGCAGCUCUCUACGCUCUGAAUCAGAUGGGGUACUCACCCGUCUACCUCGCCGGCAGGAACAAGGAAAAACUGGCUAAGCUGGCGGGAGCCCUUCCAAAGGAGUACAACAUCGCCCUCGUGUCCAGCGAGGAAGAAGCCCGCAACAUCAAGACGGAACAGCAGCCCGUCGUAGCGGUCGGGACGAUUCCCGGAGACAUGCCCGUGGAUCCCGGGCUCGCGAGCAUCGCCAGCGCCCUGUUCCAAGUCGGCACGAGUCCCGCGAAUGUGGGCGUCGCCGGCGUCCGGAGCAAUGCGAGCGAUAAGGUCAUGUUGGAGAUGGCGUACAAGCCGGCUGUCACGCCACUGAUGGAAUUGGCGGAGCAGAGCGGCUGGAAGACCGUGCCGGGUCUGGAGCCUUUGGUCGGUCAAGGCAUUCAUCAGUUCCAGAAGUGGUGCGAUAUCACCCCUCUGUAUUCGGUCGCGAGAGAUGCCGUGACGGGCACGCCGAUCACGGAUGGGCGGUUCAAGAUCGCGUACGUGUAG